AUGAAUUCAUAUAAACUAUUUGAUCAAAUUAUUUUAGGAAAUAAAGAUAAUAAUAAUGAAAUUACAAUACCAUGGAGAAAUAUAGUUAAAGAAAAUUCAAGUAUUGAAAAGAAUUUUAAUCAUCAUGUAUACAAAUCAAUAUCUUUUUCAACAUGGGUUUAUAUGGAGCCAUUAGACGAUAAUCAUUUACUCUAUGGCAAUAGCAAUAAUAGUAGUGAUUCUAUUAAUCAUACAAAUAGAAUUUUAUCACAAAAACAAUCAGAUGGAAAAUUAGAAUUGGGCAUCUUUUUAGGAAAUGAGCUUUUUGAUAAAAGAUUAUACAACAUUAAUACUCCAAAUAGAACAUCAUUAGAAUCAGUUUAUCAUCAAAAUAAAGAUGAAUUAAAAUAUUAUAAUUGGGAAUUUUUAAUAUUUAAAUUAAAUUUUAAUGAAAGUGGUAAUAGAUUAAAAUCUACCGAAAUUUAUUUAAAUUUUAAAAUUUAUAAACAAUUUGAAUUUGAAAAAGAGAUUGAAAUAUCAAAUUGCCCAUUGGUUUUAGGAAAUAAAGAAAUGCUACAUCAAAUUAUCUAUUCAAAUUUAACAAUUCAUUUCAAUGAUAGACAUGACACAUUUUCAUUAUUAUCAACAUCAACAUUCACUCCAACCUAUCCACCAAAUUUACAAAAUAGAAAUUUACAAAACUUCUUUUCAUUAAGAGAGACUGUUAAACCACUAGAUUCAUUAUUAGAGUUAAUAAAUUGGAAAGAAAAUAAACCAAUAAAUCAUGAUCAUAAUCAUACUCAUAAUAAUAAUAAUAAAAACAUUAAUAAAAAUAUACCAUUACAAAAUAGAAAAAUAAAAUCUUCAUUAGAUCCAAGAAGAAUUCAUUGUCAUGAUAUGAAAAAUGGUUACCAACUUGACAGAUACCCACAAGGUUUCUAUUAUAAUACAAAUACAAAUAUUGGAAGUAAUGGUGACCAAGUAGAAGAAAUAUUUUUAGGCUCUUACAAUUUUUACUAUUGGAAUUUAAUAGAUAUUUUCAUUUAUUUUUCUCAUCAUAGAAUUUCGUUACCACCUGCAUCAUGGGUAAAUACUGCACAUAAAAAUGGUGUCAAAGUUCUGGGUACUAUAAUAUUCGAAUGGGAACAAAGUUACAAAGAGGCCUGUUUAAUAGUAAAUGGUAUUCAAGAUAAUUGUCAAGAAAGUGGCCAAGAACAAGAAAAUUACUUUAUUCAAAAAUUAGUUGAGAUUUGUAAAUAUUAUAAAUUUGAUGGAUGGUUUUUAAAUUUAGAAACAGCUUUAUUACAAGACAGUACGAUUGUUUUGAAAUAUCAGAAAUUCCUCAGCGAUCUAACCAAAGAAAUGCACAAGGCUAUCCCCGGAUCAUUGGUAAUUUGGUAUGAUAGUGUAACUCAAAGUGGUGAGUUAAAAUGGCAAAACGCACUAACCAACGAAAAUAUAGAGUAUUUUAAUAGUUGCGAUGGAAUCUUUUUAAACUAUACAUGGAAUGAAAAAUUAUUAAAAGAAUCAAAAGAAUUACUGGAUCAACAACCAGAAAAAAUUAAACAAAGAAAUUUAGAUGUUCAGCCUUGGACCACUGUAUGGGGAAGAGGUACAUUUGGUGGAGGUAAUUUUAAUACAUCAGUCGGUUUAAAUGAAGCAAAUAAAAAUGAUUUAUCAAGUGCAAUUUUUGCUCCUGGAUGGACAUUUGAAUCAACACCAUCAUCAAAUAAGUCAAUAAUCGAAAAAGAAAGAACAUUAUGGCUUGGUAAUAAUGGUGUUAGAAACAUAUUGGGAAACAACUCUUCAGCAGAGAAUGGUGAUUUCAAAGACUGGAAGAUUUUAACCAACGAAAACUCUUAUUAUAAAUGGUCCGUUUCAAAUGGUAGCGGUUUGAAUGGUGGUAAUUGUUUUACAUUUAGUAGAGCAAGAGCACUAGAUUCAUCAAAUAUCACAGAGUUUAAAAAAGUAAUAGAUUUACACUCACUCUAUUCAAAAGAUUUAUUAGAGCAAAUACCAAUCAUAGAAUUUGAAUUUUAUUAUAAAUUUUUAAAACCAGACCAAUCAAACACAGUUUCAUUGUCAAUACUAGAUGAAAAUAAUCGACUAAUUAAACAGGUUUCAGUAUUACUGGAUCAAAUUAAUGGUAGUCUUGCCACCCUAGGAGAAUUUAGAAAAUAUAGCACCAAUAUUUCGGACUAUAAAGAAUCUAUUAAAUAUAUCCAGGUUACAGUUGGGUCAAAUGAAAAUAUUGGUAAUGAUAGUAACUGCGAAAUCCUUUUAACUGGUUUCUAUGUACAAGUUUUAUUAAAUAACAAUUUAACUAACGAGCCAUCAAUUAGAUCUGUUACAAAUGAAAGAAUCCCAGUUGUAUCAUUACCAUUCUCUAGCAGCUUUAAUAGAGGAAAAGGUAAAAAGUAUUGGGAAAAAGGUUUGAUCUUAAAUAAAUCUGCAUGGUUUAAUCUAUCUGAUCAAGAUAUUACUGAUUCUAGUGAAGACUAUAGAAAUCAAUUUGGUUCAAAUUUAAUCUAUUAUUCAACAUCAUAUGAUUUAUCUUUUCAAGGUGGUUCAAGUUUAAACAUUAAGGGCAAAUUAAAUAGUUGUCCUUCAAGUAGCAGUAUUUUAAUUAUAAAUAAAAAUACUCUUAGCUCUGUAUCAAAUUUGAAUUUAAAUCAAAACUUUACAAUUUCAACUCUCUUUAAAAUUGACGUACCUUUAUCAAGUCCAAGCCAAAAAGAGGAUGUAGAAGAAUCAUUAUUGGUAACAUUUACAUGGAGUGCAAACAGUAAUAGUGGUAAUAGACUUUGUUUAAUUUUAGUUUUAUCAGAUGAAAAUGAAAAUAAAGAAAUCAAUAUUAUUUUACACCCAAGUUCCAUUAAAGAUCAAGAGCAAAAGCUUCCAUUCAACAUUAACAACAGCUAUGAAGAUCAAACAAUCAAUGAUUCAUUUGAAGACAAAGUCAUUAUCGGAACUGAUAUUGAUGGUAAUUCAGUCGAAUGGCACCACUCAAAGUUUAGCUUAAAUAUAGAUGACUACUCUUUCAAUUUAAAAAAUUUAAAACUAAAAGAAAUUAAAUCUUUAGGCUAUUCAAUAUCAUCACCAAAAGAAGAGACCAAUAAUCUAUAUAAUAUAUAUUUAGGUGAAAUAACAUUAGAAUUGUAUAAUAAUAAUAAUAAUAAUGGCAAUAAUAUAAAAAUUUCAAAUCUGGAUAUUGACCAAGUUUGGAAUAUAUAUAGUAUGACAGAAAACUACAGUAAUUCAGAUAUCUACGAUUUAAUUUUAAAUUGGAACGUUGAGGGUAUUUCAACCGGCAGCUACAGCAAUACUAUUAAAUAUACAAAUAUUUAUAUAGAUAACAAAUGGAUUGGUAAAUCCUAUUCAAAUGGUUUUUAUCUAAUUAAAAAUGUACAACUAAAAUCAUUAACUCAAUCCUCUAUAAUCACAUUAGAAUUAAUUAAUAAUUUAAAUAACCCAAUUUACAAAAAUAAUUUUAAAAUUUUCCAAUAAAGCUUUUUUUUCCUUUUCU